GCUCACGUGAGCGCCGUCACGUGACGGCAGCAGCGCGGGGGCCGGCGGGUGCGCGGUGCUGCCCGGGCUGCCCAGGGCCGCCCGCGGCCUCCUCUCGCUCUUCUCCCUUCCCUCCUUCCGUCCUUCCUUCCAUCCCUGCACGGCCUCCGCCCCGGCACGCCCCUGCGGUACAUUUUAAUUAUCAGUCAAGAUGGAUAUCCGAGGUGCUGUAGAUGCUGCUGUCCCUACAAACAUCAUUGCUGCCAAAGCUGCUGAAGUUCGGGCAAACAAAGUAAACUGGCAGUCAUAUCUCCAAGGUCAGAUGAUUUCGGGUGAAGACUGUGAAUUUAUUCAGAGAUUUGAGCAGAAAAGAAAUCCAGAAGAAAAACAGGAGUUGUUGCAAACAGAAGGCAAUCAAUGUGCUAAAACAUUUAUAAACUUGAUGACUCAUAUCUCCAAGGAACAGACUGUUCAGUACAUUCUGACUAUGGUUGAUGAUAUGCUGCAAGAAAAUCAUCAGCGUGUUUGCAUCUUCUUCGAUUAUGCAAAACGUGGUAAAAACACGGCGUGGUCCUAUUUUCUGCCAAUGUUGAAUCGACAAGAUCUCUUCACUGUGCAUAUGGCAGCAAGAAUUAUUGCCAAACUGGCUGCUUGGGGGAGGGAGCUCAUGGAAGGCAGUGACUUGAAUUACUAUUUCAACUGGAUUAAAACUCAGCUUAGUUCACAGAAACUACGCGGUACAGGGGGUUCUGUGGAUACAGGAGCAGUCUCCACAAGUGAUAGUUCCCAGUAUGUACAGUGUGUUGCUGGAUGUCUGCAGCUGAUGCUCAGGGUCAAUGAAUACCGCUUUGCAUGGGUAGAAGCAGAUGGAGUCAAUUGCAUCAUGGGUGUCUUGAGCAACAAAUGCGGUUUUCAGCUCCAGUAUCAGAUGAUUUUCUGUGUGUGGCUGCUGGCAUUUAGCCCUCAAAUGUGUGAAUAUCUUCGGCGGUACAAUAUUGUCCCCGUGCUGUCGGAUAUUCUUCAGGAAUCUGUCAAAGAGAAAGUAACCAGGAUCAUCCUUGCAGCAUUUCGGAAUUUGUUAGAGAAAUCCACUGAGAGAGAAACUCGCCAAGAAUAUGCUCUUGCCAUGAUUCAGUGUAAGGUUUUAAAGCAGCUAGAGAAUUUGGAUCAGCAGAAAUAUGAUGAUGAAGACAUCAGUGAAGAUAUCAAAUUUCUACUGGACAAGCUUGGUGAGAGCGUGCAGGACCUUAGCUCCUUUGAUGAAUACAGCUCUGAGCUGAAGUCAGGAAGACUGGAGUGGAGUCCUGUGCACAAAUCUGAGAAGUUUUGGCGGGAGAAUGCUGUAAGACUAAAUGAGAAGAAUUAUGAACUACUCAAAAUCCUGACAAAACUUCUGGAGGUUUCUGAUGAUCCACAGGUGCUGGCUGUAGCUGCUCAUGACGUGGGAGAAUAUGUACGACACUACCCCCGUGGCAAACGAGUGAUUGAACAGCUUGGUGGUAAGCAGCUGGUCAUGAACCACAUGCAUCACGAAGACCAGCAAGUUCGUUAUAAUGCACUACUGGCUGUGCAGAAGCUGAUGGUUCACAACUGGGAAUACCUUGGGAAGCAGUUGCAGUCAGAACAACCUCAAACGGCCACUGCACGGAGCUAAACACUUCUGUCGGUUCAUGCAGUUCGUGCUUACAACUACAGUGUGUGUGUCUUAAAAUGAAUACAAAGGAAAUACUGAAAUCACGUGCUCUUUGUCUGCUACAGUUGCAUAAACAUUCCAACUUUCCUCUAGUGUUGUUGGCUUACUAAAAAUUUGUUUGUUCAACUAGUUCUGCUGAUUAUGCCUAUUAGCUUCUUGUUCUAUUCUGAAUGUAUAUGAAGAAAUGUGGCUAAUAUAUUGCAUUUGUUUUAUGUAUUUAUUCUCAUAAUAAAGACUAUUAUUAAAGGA